UUUUAUCUUUGUAUAAAUAAAAUGUAUUGGACUGACUGAAUGUUCUGAAUGUGGUAUUAGUCUAUAAAAUAGUAAAUGACGUGAUAAAUCAUUGCAAAUUCAUUAACAUUUAUCAACAAAUGGAUAAAUUUGAAUCUAAAAGAAAACUUAGCCAUUGGAUAAACGAGUCGAUGAGUAGGAAAAAUAUUCUUAGAGAACGGAACUUUGUACCUUGUUUCUUUUCGUGCAAAUGAAAUCCGUACCUUGCAAAGCAUUUCCUUGAACGACGAAAAAGUGGUCCGGGAAAGCGAGGAGAUAUAGCAAAGCUCGACGAUAGUCAAUGAAAAUAGAAGAUAAUCUAGAAUUUGCACAUGGCAAAUACCAGGAAGAUCCAACAAUUGUUAUUAGCAGUAGUUUACAGACCGCGGUGGUACAAAGCGAAGUACAUGUCUAGGGGCGCUUUAGUUUCCUCGACGUAAAUUAUCUUUGUCUGUUGGCUCAUCGUGUGCUCGUAACUAUUUUACUCUUUACGCCUUACACGGGACUUGACAGCUUGCAUAUGGCACUUGAACAGCUAUAGGUAAUGUGUGCGCCACCAGUUGCAUGCAUGCGAGUGCGAGCAUCGACGAAACGGAUCUUGCACGUUGCUUUCUUAAUAGUAUAUUUAUAUCCUCUGGCUCGUGGUAUCGAUCUUGUACUCGUGUAAUUACCGUCAUCUACUUGCAUUUAUUCCAGGAGAUUUUGUACUUAUCAUUAAAGGAAAAAUACAUCCAGUCUAAAAUAAAAUUUAUCCUUUUCAUUGUAUUUUACUGUUAACUAUUUUUAGUCUUAAGUGCUUAUCGCUGUCCUACAUUUUUAGCGACUACUUGUCCCAAUGUGUUUAAUUAAGAUGAACUAACAUAGUUGAAUAUUUGUAACCUCGUAUUGUAACCUAAAGUUUAUGGCAUUAGUAUGGAAGUAUUUGGGAUCGAUUUACAAUGCUCGAAUUGUGUACUUCUGCUCUUGCUAGAAUUCAGGAGGAAAUUUCAUCUUUCGAUGAGAAAAAGACUGACGAAAGGUCGGUCGUACUAAUGUUAAGAUAAAGUCUAUGCAAAUGUUUAUUAUCAGUGGUUGGUAAUAAUUGCUGUUUGCUCCUCGAUUUCUAACUGUAAGUUGCGUUCGUGUAUUAGUCUUAUUUAAGCUUCUUGUAACUUGUACAUACAUAUAUGCAUGCAUAUAGAAUUAUACAGGGUGUUCGACCACCAAAAAUUUCUCUUAUUAAAAUUUUGCCCAGGGGGUGGCCGAACAUCCUGUAUAUAAUUACAUUUUGACUUCGCAGAGUACUUUAACGAUUAAAAUUUAAUCAUAGUCGCGUAACAAUGUUCAAAUACAACGUCGAACGUUCAAGUUUCACGCAGGUAAAAUAUUAGAAACGAAUUGCAGCAUACUUUUGUACCCGGUAUAAAUGAUUGUGAUUAAAAUCAGACUGUGAUUAAAGUUUAGAGAGCACAGACGGAAGGUGAGAAAUAUUCGAGAUGAACAGUUUUUUGCACGGUAAUGCAAUAAAAUUUUUGUAUCAUUGGAAACACUAUUGCCGCUUGUCUUCGUCGCUUUUUGCUUUUGUCACGAACAUUCUAAUCCUGUAAAAUAGUAAGUUUAUGCUUAUCUAUUUCUCGCGUAGAAUUUACAAACAUUGUUAAUUAGAAGGCGGUUUUAUAAGAAUGAACGUUUACCAGUAUCUUUCCUUGAGAAUUUUCUAUGUUUCAGAAACAAGUAUCCCGUUGGGACUUUGAAUAAUCGCAUAGCGCGCAUCGAGACAAAUUUUUUCACGCGCAUGAAGUAUCGAAUGAAUGAGAUUGUAGUCAAAUGUUCGAGGAUCUGGAACUGUCAUUUUCCGAUUAAUUUUAAUGAAAAAUGGCAUUUUGGAUUUUUCCUUUUCGUUUUUGAGUAUUUAAAACACUUUCAAACAUUUUAUUGUCAAAAUGGUGAGCGAUGAAACGAGAGAUCCAUGACAAACAAAGGUUCGCUGUAACAAAAAUUAUGCAGAAUAGCAAAGAGGCGAAGAAAGCGGCUCGUAGGCAGUUUGGUUGGUUAUACAAGGUUUGUUAAUAGUUAAACACGAAGAAUCUUUUAACGCAGUGUUUCUCAAACUUCACUACCCCCUAAAGUAUAACCAAUUUUCUUAUUUUUGAAACAUUUUUUUUGAAUUAACGAAUAAAACAUGCCCUCCAAGUAUGCAUCGAUAAGUACGCAAAUUACGAUUGUAUUUCAUAGUACUCUAAGUUAGAAAUAACUCUACUUCCAAUAACUCAUGUUCACCUAUAAACACGGUCGCAAUCCAUAGUUCGAGAAACGCUGUUUAAACGAAUAUGUACUUUGUUAAGCUAUACGCACUACCCUCUACAUAGUUUUCAAUUGUUUGUAAGUCGCAUCACUGUCGAUAUUACCGUGGUAAGUAAUUCAUAAAUUCAGUUCUGUUCGUCCGUAGAUAUCAAAGGGGAAUAUGUAUGCAAAAUUGCUGGUUAACUUAAGGCUAAUUACUAAGUAGUGUUUAGCAAAAUUAGCUUCAAUGUUGAAGAAUGCUAAUGAUUUUAGUUCCAAAGGUAUAGCCUUUUAGAAAAUGCCUUGCUGUAUAACAUGAAUGACACUUUUUAACAAGGUUCUGUGUCAACAAAAGUCUGUAAAACCACUAGCUGCUGUGCAAGCGUACUUGAAAGACAACUGUUUGCGAUUCUGCGUGGAUCGCGUAGCUCUGAAACAUUGGUCGCCAAUAUUAAAUAGUAUCGCGGAGAAUCGAAGCCUGUCGAAAAUUUAUCUGUAUAGUCGAAGUCUGUGCAGAAGGACACGGGAAACGAUUAACACGGAAGAGAAGCUUGAAAAGUUAUGGUAAUUAAUGCAUUUCGAAGAUCCGCAAACGAAGAAAUCAUACUGCUCGAUAUUAAUAAAAGAUCUUUAAACGAGAUUGUUUGUUUCGUUGCUUCUUCAAGCUUAAACUUCGUUUGAAAUUGAUCGAUCGGUUUUAUAAAAAUGAUAUUUACCGACACCAACACAUUCAUUAUACGGACAUAUUCCUCGGUUUGAUAUCGAAUUAAAAAACGAAAAUGAAAUUCUAAAGAAUCAACUACAAUCUCUGUUUAUUCAUAAUCGAAUGCCCCUAUGUAAUUUAUGUUCACUUUGUUUCUACGAUGUUAAAUGUAAUAUGAAAUUUCGCUCGAUAUUAGAUUCUAGAACCUUUUGUCACAUACUUCUCUAUGAAAUAUCAGUUGAUUUCACUCGAUUCUACAAUUUUCUCAUAAAAUGUUCUUGUCUCGCUUUUCGUAUACUACUGUCAGAAAGUUUAAGCUUGCAGGUCGCAUCGCCUGGGCCGACAGUUGGUGGGGAAAAAGGGGUAAAGCAAAGGAUGAUAAAGGAUAAGCGAACGAAGGGAAAAGAGAAUCGAAACGAUAGAGCUUAUGUUGAAUAAAAAAGAGCGUGGCAUUUUGACAUCACGUCCAGGCGAUGCUGGAAGGAUCGAACCUGGCCAAUCCUGUACACCAAUUUCUUGUUGCGCUGUCUGCUCGAUGCUGUGGCUGUUUAUUCGAGAGAUUCCGCCAGGCUGAUCUCGAUUACGAUCGAUGGGAUCCCAUUGACGCAAAGGUAUCUGAACAUCCUUUGUUCUGGCCUGAGAAACAACGAAAUACUGAUGCAUCUAUCCCUUACGAGAUGUCGCAUCGGUGAUAUCGGUUGCGAUUUAUUGUUAGGCUGCUUGGCAAACAAUCCCAACCUUCGUGUUCUGAACCUAUCUGCUUGUCGUCUGACCAACAGAAGUGCCACGAGUUUGUCCUUGUUCCUGAAUAGGAGAAGGGCGGACUUGUUGCAGAACGUUUGGGUGGAGUCUUCGUUGCAAUCCUGCGAGGAAAAUUCCACGAAACAAACACAAGGAUUGCACGCAUUGAUCUUGAACCAGAAUCCAAAGUUUGGGGACAAUGGUGUCCGACAAUUAAUAGCUGCGUUAAAUAUCGACUACUGGCUGAAAUCGUUGAGCAUAAGGCACUGUGGGAUCACUAAACACGGUGCAGAGGCCAUCGUGAAACUUUUACAAUCGAACAGUACGCUCGUAAAGAUGGAUCUCGCGCAAAAUCAUAUACAUAUCAAUACACUUCAAGUCGUUUUGAAGCUUUUAAGAAGGAGGCGAGAGCCGAUGGAAAGCAAAUCGCUGAAGAAACGAUUUAUUAGGAACUGGAAGAACGUUUCUUUAAAAAACACACUUAGGAGGAACAAGAUUGGCGAACUAGUAUCUAAAAGUGACAAACGCUUGUGCGAAUCGGAGAGACGGAACAGAAGAUCGUUGAAAACUUGUUCGCCGAAGAGAUUGUUGAGGUUUCAAAGAAACCCGAGCCAACCAAAGGAAAUAAGGAUUGCGAGGAAGGAACAUAACUCCGGCAGGAAAAAUAUAUCCGAGCUGCAAUCGCAGUUGUUAGAUAUAAUCGAUUCUAAUAGUAAAUUAAGAGAAGAAUUGUCGAGUAACAACGCAUUGUUGGACACAGAAGUGCAGGAAAGGUCGAGAACCGAGGACGAGCUGCAGAAUUUAUCGUUACGGUUGAACGAAGUUAAAAGCAGAGUAAUCUUAGUCAAUUGUCUUCGUUCAAAAAUUUCCGAUGAAAGUGAAUUACUGCAAAAAGGUUUCCGUCACAUUUUCGAAAAGAUAGAAUCAUUUUCGAACACGAAACAGUUCGAAGUUGAUAGAGUCGCAUUAAUCGACACGCAACUACCAUCGUUGUCGAUGCUUCGGCAGAAAGAAAGUAAUCUGUUAAGUUGCAUAGGAGACCUUACUGUUUCUUCAAAGUCAUGAAUGUCUAUAUGAUGUAAUACAUAUGGUAGUUUAUGUUCAAACAGCGGUGACUACUGCCCCUGCGAUUAUAUAAGAAAUUUUACACAUGUAUUGUAAUAUUAUUAAAAUUGUCCAUAAAUAUUUGAUA